AAAUUUCUUUGGUAUUUGUCAUUAUCUACAACGCUAGUAACCAGCCGAAUGAGGUCCUACUAUUUUUGAGCGUUGUAGUUCUUGAUUUAUCUGUUUCUGCCUUAAUUAUAUGGCCAGCAACAACAUAUGCUAGCCUCCUGUCGAGACCAGAAGUACGUCGCCUAUACUGGACACUCACGCAUCCUAUUAUAAAAGAGAUAUUCCUUACUCUUCAUGCGCUAACCCCCACAAUGCUUUUAUGCUUGCCGAUAUCGGGUUCAGAAGAAUUCAUAGAUAAUUACACCACGGCCUCACAGCUGGAUUUACGCUGGCUGGCAUAUCUUACUUGCUCUCUCAAUAUUUCAACGCCAUGGUGGUUACGAAUGAUAAAGAUCUUAGGAAGCAUUUUAGCUAUCUUUGCAUUUCGUACGACCACACCAUCAUGCCAAUAUCAAGAGGAUAAUUUAUUCAUUGAGAGUUUUAAGAAUUGCUAUAUUCGCAAUACUCUAGAGGCAUCUCAAACAUAUCUUUUUGCCGAGAUCUUUCUGUUUCUCUUUGCUAUGAUUCUCAUCACAAAUAAUUCGGAGUUAAUGACACGUCUAUGUUUCUAUGUGACUCGCGAGGCACGGAUUCGAACUGAAGAGGCCGAGAGUUUGCAGCUUGAGGCCCAGAGCCUUCUAUAUAAUAUCAUACCCAAAUAUGUAUUUGACUACCUUAUAUCACAAGGCGUUAAAUGCCUUGAUCCAGGGUCGAUCAGCUACUCAAUCUCUGUGCAUAACGUUGGAGUGGCUUUUGCCUGCAUCUCAAAUUUCUUCGCCAAAUAUUACCGUGAAGACUACAAAGGAGGUGAAGGUGCCCUCAAACUGCUCAAUACUAUCAUAUGUAAUUUUGAUGACCUAAUGUUAAACCCAAUAUUUAAGGACGUGGAGAAAAUUAAGACUAUCAAUGAUUGCUACAUGGUGGCAUCUGGUCUCAAUACUCUAGAACGUGAAAAUAAUGAUGACGAGAAGGCCCAUUUGGUUGCUUUGAUGGAGUACUGUUUUAUGCUUCAACAAGCGCUAACUGAAUUCAACGAUAAUUUUAUAAUCGGGAGUGACAAAUUUGAGAUCAAGAUUGGCUAUAACUUUGGACCAGUUACAGCAGGGAUCAUUGGAACAACUAAGCCAAUGUAUGAUAUAUGGGGAGACACGGUAAAUGUCGCCAGUCGAAUGUAUUCAACCGGAGGGCCGGGCUUGAUCCAGGUGCCUUUCUAUGUAAAGCAGGCUUUAUAUUUGAACUAUGAGUUUAUAUUUCGGGGCCUGAUAUUUGUCAAAGGAAAGGGGGAUAUGGAGACAUUUAUAUGCAGACAAAAGUCCCAUCAUUCGUUAGCGGCUUUUGAUGAAGAAUUCGGUUAA